GAGCGCCGUCAUAAAUAACACGAGCCGUCCGAACACAUUCCGAGCGUGGGGCCUCCUACAUCCGCACGUGUGUUCGCGCGACCCGCGUCGGCGUGUAGAUCAUCCGCGACAUUUGCUCGGCCGACCGCGCUGUUCCCCGCGUGCCUCUUGUGUACGAAAAACGCGCGCGCGCGCGUGUGUACGCACGCACGCUUCGUCCGCUCGCGUUCAGCGUGUUUCGUUUAUCCUCGCGUCCGCGAGGAGUAAAGCUCUUUAUUCUUCUUCCUUCUCGCUCUCGUUUACACGACGCACGUGCCGCACCGCGUGCCGCGUCGCGUGUAGCCCGCGGAGUCGUGCCGGGGGUGCCGAGGACACGCGGCGGUGGCGGGACCCCACCGAGAGAGAGAGUCGAGAGAGGAGAGGCCGCUGACGAGAGCCUCUUGGUCGUCGCGGAGGACGCCGCGUCGUCACCAGAAUGCGAUCGUGCGACACGCGCGAUACGAACCUCUUCGCACGUAGCCGAUGCCCGCGGUCCGUCGCCUAGCUCCUCAUGCUAGUCUCGUCUUCCGAAUUGCUUGGGGCACAGCAUGAAGGAGAUGCUCGGAGGGUGCUGUGUGUGUUCUGACGAGAGGGGUUGGACAGAGAAUCCAUUGGUAUAUUGCGAUGGACAGGGCUGCACUGUUGCUGUACAUCAAGCAUGCUAUGGCAUCGUUACUGUACCAAUUGGACCAUGGUAUUGCAGGAAAUGCGAGUCACAAGAACGCAGUGCUCGAGUGCGCUGUGAGUUAUGCCCGAGUCGGGAUGGAGCUCUUAAGAGGACAAAUCAGGCAGGAUGGGCGCAUGUCGUGUGUGCUCUCUAUAUUCCUGAAGUCCGAUUCGGUAACGUGACUACAAUGGAACCAAUUAUAUUGGAGCUUAUUCCUUCAGAAAGAUUUAGCAAGACAUGUUAUAUCUGUGAGGAACAAGGCAAAGGUAGCAGAGCAAACGUGGGAGCUUGCAUGCAGUGUAACAAGACAGGCUGCAGGCAGCAAUUUCACGUAACCUGUGCACAAGCUCUGGGCUUGCUUUGCGAGGAAGCUGGCAAUUAUCUUGACAAUGUCAAAUAUUGUGGCUACUGCCAGCAUCACUAUUCGAAAUUGAAAAAAGGCGGUAAUGUGAAGACGAUACCACCGUACAAGCCGAUAUCCGUUGACAACGGUUCGUCCGACUCGUCGCCGGAAAAGGAGGCGGAGACGCCAAUAAAGUCGAGCGGCAAGCGGAAAAGCUCGAGUUCCAAGUCUAGCGCGAAUUCUAAAAGUAAAUCCAAUGCUAGUCCCAGUUUAGAGAUAAAUGGAGUCGCGGAUGAUAAGAGCGGUAGUAGCGGUCGUAAUACGCCCAAAGAUAAUUCCAGCACAAGUUCCAGCAAAUUCACGACCUCCAAUUUUGUCGAGACCGUGGUUACACAGUCGGAGAGCGUGUUCGGACACGAUGGUAAUAGCGGCACGAUCACCACCGUUACCACGACAGCGACCACUUCCGCGAUAAAGACGAACGCUGGUAAUUCUAACGCGGCGCACAAGACUGUUGGGGGCCAGGGGAAAUCCAACUCGUCGACCUCCAACAAAGCGUCGAGUCACAUCACCAAGAAGAGGAAGACCGGGGCACGUACACCGACUGUAGGAAACGAUAAUUCGAAUCAAUCGGCCAGCUCGGAAGCCAGCGGAUCGGUGGUAAUGGCGGUCAGCUCCGUAGUGCAACAGACCGUUCCGAGUAACAACGUGCAGCCAACAAUCACUGAAGCCACUAGCUUAAGCGUAACCACGGAACCAGAAAAAUCGAAAAAGAUGAAAGUCGAGAGUCCAAUUCAGUCAUCGAACACACCGGUAGCCACGGAGGCAACCACCAUGCCUGUGAUAAUGGCGGUAACGCAAUCCCAGUCCUCGAUCAUCACCCAGUCACCGACGACUACGUCUAACAGCAUCGUUGUGUCCGUGCCGUUGAUUGCCACUUCGCUUGCUAGUGCGGUUCAAAGCGUGGUAACGAGCGCGCCAGCGAUGUAUCAACAGGUGCAGCAGAGUAUAAUAACUACAGCCGCCAACACUGAACCGCGAUCAAGUACGAUACCGAGCAUCGAGAGGUUCACAGAAAAUAUACCGAUAAAACGAGCUCGUUCCCAGUCGUCGGACAAGCAAGAGAAGCCUCGCAAACCAAAGCGCGGCUCCAACAACCAAUUAUCACUGCCGCAGUCCCAAACGUCAGUCUCAUCAAUCGUAACCUCCGUCUCCAGCACCGCCGUUGUGACAACGACCAAGAGAGGCGCGAGGAACAAUCAUCAGACCCCUCCGCCCGCCGCCACGGUGGCCCCAGUGCCGUCAAUUAUUCAGGGCCCUGCAUCAGCUACUGUCGGACACUUCAGUAGCAUCAGUGGCCCAAGUUCUGUGAACAUUAUGGGGCCCACUGUCAAGGAAUCGCCUCCCAGCAGUCCAGGAUCAGAAAGCAUGAGUAGCACCACGAGCAAACGAAAGAGGAAAACUGCCGCAUCCACUCCCAUUCCGUCUGCAUCGAGUACACCGACUGCUCUUACUAAUAUAUCGAUAAAGGAGGAGAAUAACGUGAAACUAUUUCAAAAUGGAGUUAGUGCACCGCACAUGCUAGGGAAUCAGUUGAAUCCUACUUCGACGAUGGCACAAAAGAUGUCGGAUACGCUUUCGCAGGAGCUCGAGGCCCAUUCCAUUUUUACAGAGGCGAGUAACUCCAAUACAAACUUGAUUGGACCGCAGCUGCACAGUCGAGUAAUAGCAUCUCAGAUACGAUCUGGCCAGUCGAGCGCACCUUCCACUUCGUUCUCUACAGUUUUUUCCACGAGUAGCAACACUGGGAGUCUUAAUACAGCCACUACCAGUGGCUCUUUGGGUAGCGGAGCGAUCCCGCAGACACUGGAUCAGCUCUUGGAGAGACAAUGGGAGCAAGGAAGUCAAUUCUUAAUGGAGCAAGCCCAACACUUCGAUAUUGCAUCCCUGCUUUCCUGCCUACAUCAAUUGAGAGCUGAGAAUCUUAGGCUAGAGGAACAUGUAAAUAAUCUCCUGCAAAGGAGAGACCAUUUAUUGGCUGUGAAUGCUAGACUUGCUAUUCCGUUGACAACUCAACCUAGUUCACAUCCAGUGAAUAAUAUACAUCCAGCGGUGAAUCCGUCUCAUCCUAAUGUCUCGCACUCGGAAGUGCCACCUGGCGCUCCUGCACCGGUACCUAGAGUGAGCCGUGAACCGCGAGUAAAUAACGCGUACAUGCCUCAUUCUAGUUCCGGUAGUCAUCCAACGACAUUGGAGAACGGUUUGCCACCAGAUCCUUCCCCGCCUGCAGCUGCUUCUCUUGCUCAGUAUCACCGAGGAUCACUGGUUGCACCUCAGCCAAGUCCAUCAAUGAGGCACAGUCCGGCUGGAGCGGGAUAUCUUCAAGGUCAACCAAGCAACAUAGUAUCGCCAGCACCAGCGAACACUUCCGGCGUGGUACGAAAUUCAUCUGUCACGCCAGAUCCGCUGCGUGGUGUACCAAGGUCGGCGGCACAAUCGUCGAGCAGUUACAUGCCGUCGAUGUAUCAGCCCACCAUGUCCAGUCUCGCCAGCAACCAAGUAGGCGGAGUUCAUAAUCUUCACUCGCAUGGACCCUCUCCAACUAGCCAUGGGCCACCAGGCAAGCCCAGCUGAAGGGAUCAUCAUUGAACAGCAAAUCCACAGAUGUACAAAUAUUAGACUGUAAGUUAAUCUAUCGCGUUAAAUAGCAAUAAUACAGUAGGUGUACAUUCUAACGACGGUAACUGCGCGUAUUUCUGGUGGUGCGACAAAAGGAUACGCGAAAUUUUGUAAGAAAUUAAAGAAAAGAGAAAAAGAGUUAACGAAGAACACGUAACCAAAAAUCGAAAGGAGAGAAAACUGAAUCACCGGUUACAUUGAUUUCGAUAAGUUAAUCGUGCAUACCAACUAUUCCUGUUAUACACAAACGUUCUAUAAGAAUCACAAUUUUAAAACCGAUAUGCUUGUGCAGCUUUUCUAUUUCUUUAGCGUACCACCGUUCAGAUGUACCGCAGCGUGUGUACUAUACGACAAUGAUAAUAUCGAGUGCAACCUAUUUCAAAGCUAAUUUAAUGUAUAUUCUAAUCUUAUACACACACGUAUAAAAAAAAAGGGUGGAACACCCAAAUAUGUACAAGACGAGCACUGCCUUUCGCCAACAAGAGCUGUGAAGUAGGUUGAUCGCAAUUCGACAUUUUCUAGCGAACGCAUGAUCGUUUCGUUUAACUUCAUCUGCCGUCCUUUCGUCUCAUUAUCCCUUUCCAUUCAUCUUCCCUUUUUGAGCCUAUAGAUUUCAUCGAUAUUUGGUCAUCAUUAUGCAUAAAUUCUCGAGGAAUGCAAAUAAAAGGAGAUAUUGUGCCAUCGUUUGAUCUGUUGUAAAAAAAAAUUGAAAACAUAAUAUUCCGACUAUCAUGUUAACCCUCUAAUAAUAGGGUCGAGGUCAGAUGUAGUAGAACUACGGCUUCAUCAAAGCGUUUUUUUAUUUUACUACAAUUAUUUAAAAUCAUUAAACUUUAUUGUAUUUUUUUCAUCUACAAAAUAAACAUAGGACGAAGUUUAAAAUGUUAUUAUUUAUUUUUUACCCAUUUUUUACAUUGAUUCGAUAAAAAAUAAACAAAAGGGGUCGAGCAGACUCCAACUUUCCUAGAUACGUUCUGAAA